CAAAAACGUGGUUGGAAAACGAAACGGUUCCCCUUUCAGCAGCUCAGCGUCAGAGUCAGCCGUGGCGUUUUUGGGCAGGUAACAUGUUGUGCAGCAGCAGGAUGCCCACACCUCCAUGAAGAAAAACGAUGUGUUGGGGCUGGUGGCUUAGGAAAAGGUGGUUCUGGCUCCAAGGCCUAGUGUUCAAGGGCCCGUCUUCGCUUCAACGCCACGAACAAGCGUCACGCUACGAGCCUGACUCUCUCCGCUUUCCCUGUCAAAAGUGGCCCUCGCGCCCUCUUUCAGCCGUGACUUGCAUAUCUUUUGGCUGGCUCGCACUUCUUCGUGUCUUGGCUUCCUGCAUCGCUCGAAUCGCCAUACCGCUCGGUCCCUCCCUCCCUCCCCUUGCGAUUGUAUACAAGCAAAGAGUAUCCCUGGUCCGAGUGUCCUCUUUUUGGUGUUGGCUUUUUAUAAAGACGGGUCCUGCUGCAUGCGCUUCGAAUGCAUUGCAUCUCGAUCUGAACGAACGACCGGCGUAUAACAGCUGCGCAUCUUACAUCUUGCCUCGACCUACAUCGCCAAUAACACUAAUUACUUAAGACGAUUAUAUCAACAUCCAACUACACCAGCAACUUAUAUAAUAUCAUACACACAUCACUUCGGCAAUGAAGCCGUCACGGUUCCUCGCUCUGGUGGCGGCUAUCGCGGCCCCAUCUGUCGUCGCACAACAAACUAGUCUCACAACACGGGAUGCAAUGUCGGAUUCAUUACAAGUCAUUCUCAAAAUACCCUGCGCGUCGACAUGUUUACUUCCUGCUCUCCAACAUUCGCAAUGCCAACUAACAGAUCAAAAAUGCAUGUGCCAAAGCGAAAGCCUCAAGGCCAAUAUGACGGGCUGCAUCAUGUCACACUGCAGUGUAAAGGACUCUCUCAAAAUUAUGAACGCUACCGCUACUGGCUGUGGCCAACCAGUUCGCGACAGAGGCGCCCAGUACGCCCUCAUCUCUAACGUCUUUGGUGUUCUCUCAGCAUUCUUUGUCGUCCAGCGCUUCGGAUACAAGCUAUGGGCUAGCAUUAACUUUGGCCUCGACGACUGGUUCACGCUGGCGACCAUCAUCAUCGGCAUUCCCGUGACAGUUAUCAACGCACAUGGCGUCAUUGACAACGGCCUCGGACGGGACAUUUGGACGUUAACAUACGACAACAUCACCAACUUUAGCCGCUAUUUUUAUAUUCUCGAAAUCAUUUACUUUGCCGAGGUAUCCAUGUUGAAGCUAUCCUUGCUCUUCUUCUACCUGCGCAUCUUCCCAUCGCAGAUGGUCAAGAAUGUGCUCUGGGGCACCAUCAUCUUCAACAUCUGCUACGGCGUCGCCUUUACGUUUGCAUCCAUCUUCCAGUGCCAGCCCAUCAGCUUCUACUGGGUCAUGUGGGAUCGGGAACACGAGGGCAGAUGUAACAACAUCAACGUCAUUGCGUGGUCCAACGCGGCCAUCAGCAUCGCUCUCGACAUCUGGAUGUUGGCCAUCCCGCUAUCCCAGCUGCGCCAUCUUAACCUCGACUGGCGCAAGAAGAUUGGUGUCGUGCUCAUGUUUUCCGUCGGCACCUUUGUUACCAUUGUCAGUAUCCUACGCCUCAAGUCUCUGGUAAGCUUUGGCUCCGACGCCAUGAACCCAACCUGGGACUUUUACAACGUUGGCAUCUGGUCCACCGUCGAAAUCAACGUCGGCAUCAUCUGCGUAUGCAUGCCCUCGGUCCGCCUGCUCCUUGCACGCCUCUUCCCCCGCAUCAUGGGCACCACGAGAAAGUACUAUGCCAGCGCGACGGGCCGAUCCUCCAAGCGUGCCAGUCGCCCACCUCAGGCCAUGGGAAACACAGUCUCGUCACAACGGGGCGGCCCUGUGCGUGACCUCGAGCACAACCAGAUUGCAUGUGAGCGGUCGUUUGCCGUGGAAUACGACCACGACGAGAUGCACCUCGUGUUCAUCAAGGACCUUGACCGCAAAAGCACGCGGUCUGAUGCAGAGUCGUCUACAAGGCUAGAGUCUCUAUGAUUUUUGUUUUCAUGUUUUCUGGCGUUUGGCCUGCAUUUCAAAAAAUACCAUGUACCAAAGUAUGAAUAACGACCCCCCAACAAAGCUACUAAGUUAGUUUCCAUAAUACCAGACUGCCUAGGCCUAGUGUCAGGCCAGCACAUAACCAAUGUUAGUUAAUACCGACUCUUUUUAAUCAUACUUGUCUCACUUUGUGUCUGAAACCUUAUCCUCAACGCCAAUGGCUAUUUAGCCGUCGCUCGCAAAUCUACACACCACCAUCUCCGAUGCAAAACCAAACAGGUUCAGCAUCCGUCCCCCUAGCGUAG